AAUGGAGGACAGCUCUGAAUUUCCUGACAACCCUUCUCACGAGGACAAGCCUGCCCCAGCAUGCUUUGCACCCAGGAUAUCGGAAGGCACAGCACAGUUCCUGGUGAACACCAUUGCUGGCACUGCCAAAAUGGUCCAGGCAGCUGUUGAAGCACAUAAGUCUGCACAGCUGGCUUGUUUCAACGCCGAGCAGUCGUUGGGCCAGGCCCAGCUGAGCUACCUAGCAGCACGAGGGUUGUGUGAGAGGCUCGUAGGGCUUUCGAGUCUCCCCGACUACCAGGGAAUCUUUCAACACAUGUCACAUCCCCCCAUGCCCUAUUCCGAAUUCUGCACCAUCAUCCGUCGAACAGAAAGCGCCCUUCUGCAUCCCAUCCAGGAAUGGAAGCCAAGAGUCCCCACUCAAAGGGAUCUCAGCCCCGGCUCCGAAUGCAGUUGCCCGCCAGACACUUCAGAGGACAGUUUUCUAGGGGGGAUUCAAGAACUGCGAUUAUUUCGAUCUCCUGGCGUCAGUGAAACGCAGGAUGAGGAUAUGACAGACGAAGAAGAGAGUCGGUCUCUGCAUAUCCGAGGGCGAAACCCCUCACGCCACAAACAAGUGGAGACGGUACUUCUAGAGGAUCAGAUGGGGGACACGUAUGUGACUCAGCGUCGCCGCUCACCCCGGCGGUCCCCCUCCGCUGGCAUGGAGGGACUGUCCCCACUAGUGUCCGAGCAGGACCUCAGCACUAUUCAGCCCCUGAUCUGCUGCCCCUCCCGCCAGGGCGGGUCAGGCAAGUUCCUGAGCAAAGUGACCCGUCGGAAAGACCAGCCUCAGCUGCGGCAGAAUUCAGACAGCGACACUGACCAGUCGGAGAACUCGGCUAAGGACACUGUAUCGACUUGACCCUUCCCCUCAGCACCACUGUAUU